AUGAUGGAAGUAUUCAAAAACUCUCAUAACUCUUUUGAUUUACUACCGGAUGAAAUGGUUUUAAACACAUUAAGCCUUAUCGAUGCAGACACCCUUUUGAAUUGCAGACUUGUGUGCAAAAGAUGGCGAGAACUUAUAGAUGCAUAUGUUUUUCAAGAAAAAGCUUCACGAGAAAAUGAAUUUGUGAAUGACGGUCAAGGGUAUGACAGUUUUUCCCAAAUUGAUUCAAAUAGUGUCAGAAAACUAGAAUUGCCAUGGUACGUGUUUUAUGUUAUAAGCAAAUAUGAUCCAUUCAAUAAAAAUUUAGUGACGGACCCUCGGAUUAAUUCAAUGUUUCGAUUAUGUUCAAAAAGUCAAAGAAUUACAUUCAAAAAUUAUGGUUUGAAUGAUACUGUGAUGAAAACUCUUCAACCUGAAAUUUCAGUUAGUGAAUGGUAUGAACAUGGUCAUUUUGUUUGUGGCUGCAAGUUUGUAUUAUCUACUGUUUUUGAUGGAAAUGGUGAAGAAAUAGGAAAGCACAAUUUCAACGAUGCUUUACUACCGGGGAAUAAUAAUAUUAGGGCAAAAGCUUCACAUUCAUUCAAAAAUCUGGGCAAUGCAUCUUACUUAAUGGUAUAUCAUUGUGGACUAGACACACGAGUCUUGGCUAAUACCUAUGAUACUAAUAUUAUAAUGAUUGGCUCUGAAGUAAAAGUUUUGCUACCAAUCAAAUUUAAAAAUGCUGCCGAGCAUAGAUUAAGUCUAUUGGAAACCAGUCAAACUAGAGUGUUUGAAUUCUGUGAACAUGAUUUGGCAGGCCUGCUAUCAAAUACUAAGGUGAAGUUCAAUAUUGGAGCAUUUAAGCAAGUAAUCCAACAAAUGAUCAAUGGUCUCGACUACUUACACAGCAACAAUAUUUCUCAUCGUGACAUGAAAGCAGCAAAUGUUUUGAUCACAAAAACUGGGACAUUAAAAUUAGCUGAUUUUGGUCUUGCUAGAGCGUUCAGUGCUCAGAUAAAUGGUCAACCUGCAAAUUGGUAUACUAAUCGAGUCGUAACAUUAUGGUAUCUACCUCCCAAGUUGCUGCUUGGCGAUCGUAAUUAUGGUCCGCCUGUGGAGUUAUGGGGAUCUGGAUGCAUUAUGGCUGAAAUGUGGACUCGUAGUCCAAUUAUGCAGGUUGAAUCUUUAGAUCUAUACAAUCAAUUGGAAUUAGUCAAAGGACAAAAACGAAAGGUGAAGAAACGAUUAAAGCCCUACGUGCGUGAUCCAAUGGGUUGUGAUCUAUUAGAUAAACUCUUGGUAUUGGAUCCAGCCAAGAGAUUUGAUGCCGAUUCAGCUUUAAACCACGACUUCUUCUGGACAGAUCCUAUGCCAUGCGAUCUAUCUAAAAUGAUAUCUCAACAAACACAAAGUAAUUUUGAAUAUUUGGCUCCACGCAGACUCAAUAAUCACCAGUCAUCUGCUAUGCGGCCAGCUUCAACCGUUCCAAGUCAAGGGACGUCUACAUCUGCUACUUCAGGUUUUCAUGAACUUGUUUUCUAG